GAGAAGAGUCGUCCUUCCCCUCAACUCCUGGCCUUUAUUUAAACACGAACUCAAACCCUAAUCGCUCUUUCUGCUUCUCUUCUGUUGGCCAAAGGGAGUUGGAUAUUAGUUUCCCCUUUUCCAAUUUGAUUGAGAAAUAUUUGACAGAUGGGGACGGAGAGGAAGAGGAAGGUGAGCCUGUUCGACGUAGUUGACGAUACGGCGUUACAGGGGAAGAUGCCCAGGGCCAAUGGAUUCGGCGGCGCGGCACUUCCCGAAAACGUUAAUCCGUGGAACGGAAAGCAGUACUCCCAGAGAUAUUUUGAGAUUUUGGAGAAGAGGAAGUCUCUCCCCGUGUGGCACCAGAAAGAUGAGUUCUUUCAGGCCCUCAAAGCCAAUCAAACCCUAAUUCUUGUCGGUGAAACUGGAAGUGGUAAAACCACUCAGAUUCCCCAGUUUGUCCUGGAGGCUAUAAAGAGUGAGACUAUGGAUAAGGGCAAGAAGUUCAUGGUUGGAUGCACUCAGCCUAGAAGAGUGGCCGCAAUGUCUGUUUCAAGAAGGGUUGCCGAAGAGAUGGAUGUGGCAAUCGGCGAGGAAGUAGGUUAUAGUAUUCGUUUUGAGGAUUGUAGCAGUGCACGAACUGUUUUAAAGUAUUUAACGGAUGGUAUGCUUUUGAGAGAAGCCAUGACCGAUCCACUCUUGGAGAGAUACAAAGUGAUAAUACUUGAUGAGGCUCAUGAGAGAACCUUGGCAACAGAUGUUCUUUUUGGGCUUCUGAAGGAAGUGUUGAGAAACAGGCCCGACAUGAAAGUAGUCGUUAUGAGUGCCACCCUGGAGGCUGAAAAGUUUCAAGGGUAUUUUAGUGGUGCACCACUCAUGAAAGUUCCUGGGAGACUUCAUCCCGUUGAAAUUUUCUAUACCGAGAAUCCUGAGAGGGAUUACCUAGAAGCUGCUAUAAAGACUGUUUAUCAGAUACAUACUUCUGAACCUCCUGGUGAUAUACUGGUUUUCCUUACUGGUGAAGAAGAAAUCGAAGAUGCGUGUAGAAAGAUAGGGAAGGAGAUAGCUAAGGAUGGGGAUCAAGCAGGACCAGUUAAAAUAGUACCUUUGUAUUCCACUCUUCCUCCAGCAAUGCAACAGAAGAUUUUUGAAGCUGCCCCCCCACCUGCCAAGGAGGGUGGUCCAGCAGGAAGGAAGAUUGUUAUUUCAACAAACAUUGCCGAAACAUCAUUGACAAUUGACGGUAUAGUUUACGUCAUAGACCCCGGAUUUGCAAAACAAAAGGUUUAUAAUCCACGAAUUCGUGUCGAGUCUUUAUUGGUAUCUCCUAUUUCGAAGGCUAGUGCCCACCAACGUUCGGGACGUGCUGGAAGAACGCAGCCUGGGAAGUGUUUCAGGCUCUACACUGAAAAGAGCUUCCAUAACGACCUUGUACCUCAGACCUAUCCAGAGAUAUUGCGGUCAAACCUUGCAAACACUGUCUUAACUUUGAAAAAGCUUGGAAUCGAUGAUCUCGUCCAUUUUGAUUUCAUGGAUCCACCUGCUCCAGAGACACUGAUGAGAGCGUUGGAGGUCUUGAAUUACUUGGGAGCGCUUGAUGAUGAGGGGAACUUAACCAAGUUGGGUGAAAUCAUGAGCGAGUUUCCCUUGGAUCCUCAGAUGGGCAAAAUGCUGGUUGUCAGUCCAGAGUUUAAUUGUUCCAACGAGAUUCUCUCUAUAUCUGCUAUGCUUUCAGUACCCAAUUGCUUUAUCCGGCCUAGGGAUGCUCAAAAAGCUGCCGAUGAAGCAAAAGCUCGGUUCGGUCACGUUGAUGGGGAUCACCUCACUCUACUGAAUGUAUACCAUGCAUACAAACAAAAUAAGGAAGAUCCACAGUGGUGCUAUGAUAAUUUUGUCAAUCAUAGGGCAAUGAAAUCGGCAGACAAUGUCAGGCAGCAGUUAGCUCGGAUUAUGGCCAGAUUCAAUCUGAAGCUAUGCAGCACAGAUUUCAGUAGCCGUGAUUACUAUGUCAAUAUCAGGAAGGCUAUGCUAGCUGGAUACUUCAUGCAGGUUGCCCAUUUAGAGCACAGCGGCCAUUAUCUGACCGUAAAAGACAACCAAGUUGUUCACUUGCACCCUUCAAAUUGCUUGGACCAUAAGCCAGAGUGGGUCAUCUACAAUGAAUAUGUACUAACAAGCAGGAAUUUCAUCCGUACAGUAACGGAUAUUCGUGGUGAAUGGUUGGUUGACAUUGCACCACAUUACUAUGACCUCUCAAAUUUCCCCAAUUGUGAGGCAAAACGCCAACUGGAGAAACUGUACAAGAAGCGGGAAAACUCCAGGGAUGAGAGCAGGAAUCGCAAGUGAAGAGAGUGAGUGAGAGAAAGUGAGAGAGAGAUGAAUUUAAAGUUUAAAGAAUGGUGAUUGUGUGUUCACCUAUCCGGUUAAUUGGUUUGUAUGGAUUCAUAAAUUAUGCUUGAUUAUCUAUAUAAGCUUUUAAGUUGGAAGAUAAAUCACUUCUCUAACAUGAAAAUUGUUGGUCUUGUACUCUUGUUGGCAAAAUGAUUGAAUUUCCAUCAUUCUUA